GCUGACUUGUGGGUCGGAUCUUGAUGAGCUGGAACAACAUUCCAGCCGAUCCGAAGCAACCACUCUUGUUCCCCGACGUGGACUAUCCCCGUCAACCAAAUUUUAUCGAAAAGGAUGUCAAUCCGUCGGUGCGCGUAAAGUUAGACGCCGAAUCGACCACCCCGUACCGUCGAACUCGGGAUGUUGAUUUAACUGAUUGGGACGACGAUGCAGCCGCUCAUCUGCGUUCCACAGCCGAUACACCAGGGGAUCUCAUUGAUUGUUUGUCUCCUUGCCGUGGCAUUCUUGGACUUCGAAAACCGUCGAAACGAAAAUUUCUCAGCCUCAGACAGCUUAGCCGAUUUAGGAGGCCUUUCGGUGUGAUUUGGUUGGUUCGGGACGUGUGCGGCAUAGUUUGCCUAGUAUUCACAUGGGUCCUGAUUUUGUAUGCAGAAUUCGUCAUCUCCAGUGUAAUCCUCAUGCGAGCACCUUCAAGUUCUUUCUGCUGGAUCACCGGAUCAAUGUAUCAUCUGUUUGUGUCGCUUGCCUGUAUCUCUCACAUAUUUGCCUUUUCCACUGAUCCCGGUACUGUUCCGAUUGGCAAUGCCACGAGAGAAGCUGGAAUCUUCCUGUGCGAAGUUUACGGGGAUCCUCGGCCGCCCAUCAUACGUUGCCCAAAAUGUCUUUGCAUUAAGCCACCACGGGCACAUCAUUGUAGGAUUUGCUUCCGUUGCGUACGAAAAAUGGACCAUCAUUGCCCUUGGAUCAAUAACUGCGUGGGCGAAGCCAAUCAAAAGUACUUCGUUUUGUUCACGCUUUACAUCUGUCUGCAGUCUACAAUGGCCAUCUACAUGUGUGUUCACUUUGUCGUUCAAUGCAUCGAAUCAGACUGGGAAGCCUGUCAGUUGAAUACCAGUCACCACGGAUGGUCGCAUUUGUUGGCUUUCGAAUUCAGUCCAUUUGUUACUUGUGUAUUCAUCUUGGGUCUGAUCGUCGAAGCCUUCGUGUUCGGGCUGUUCACGAUGAUUAUGUUCAUCACUCAGGUGUACAGCAUCGCAGAUGACGAAACCGGUAUUGAAAGCUUGACAAAAAAUGGUCCUAAGUCAGAACAACUGUCGCGUUGGAAAAGACUAACACUGGCUUGUGGUUCUCCGUUCUCGUGGCGCUGGUUCAGUCCCUUCUCACCGCCGCCUCCGGUCACUCCGGUGUUCCCAGGAUUCGGCGGCAGGGGAGAGGAUUUUGUCUAUUCUGACAGCGGUACACCAACAAACCUAACUGACUUAUCGUACUCUAGUUGUGUUGUUAUGGCGACAACAUCGCCAUAUAGCCGGAAGGAACACAACGAUGUGAUCGGUAACGGUGUACCGAAUUCUGUCAUUGCUCUGUGAUCCAUCCGAUAAUCACCGACCCAUCGCUUGGCCAUCCUUCACAAACGUGAAUUCCUGCGCUUUUUUACGCCACGCUUCCUCACUUUUUUCACUGUAUGAAUGAAUGCAUAACCGCGCGCGUGUUCUUCCCUACUACCCUGUGCGCCAAGCCUGACUCAUCUCAUUUUAUUAUUUAAACGCCAGUGGUGUUUUCUAUAUGUAAAUACUAUUGCUUUUUAACACUUUGUAGGCCAUUGCUUUUCUCCAUGUCUGUUCUUUCGGUAUUCUCAAA